AUUCACUGAAGGCAUGAAUUUCAACCAUGCCUGAACCGGGACAUCCAUCUGAGCCAGAGAAGGACAUGCUUCUCCUCCCUCUCUCCCUGCUGACCCUGCUCUCACAGCCCCCAGGGUCUCUGGGGGCAGAAAUGAAGACCUAUACCCAGAAAACAGUGGCCAACGCCUGCACCCUGGUCAUGUGUAGCCCCCCGGAGAACGGCCUGCCUGGUCGUGAUGGACAAGAUGGGAGAGAAGGCCCCCAGGGCGAGAAGGGGAAUCCAGGUCUACCAGGACCUGUAGGAGGAGCAGGGAUGCCUGGACCAGCUGGCCCAGUUGGACCCAAAGGGGACAAUGGCUCUGCUGGAGAACCUGGGCCAAAGGGAGACACUGGACCAUCUGGGCCUCCAGGACCUCCAGGUAUGCCUGGUCCAGCUGGAAGAGACGGUCCCUCAGGGAGGCAGGGGAGCAUAGGACCUGCAGGUGUACCAGGCCCCAAAGGUGAGACUGGACCCAGUGGAGAAGUGGGUGCCACAGGCAUGCAGGGCUCCCCAGGGACAAGAGGCCCCGCAGGUCUUAAAGGAGAGAGAGGUGCCCGCAGACGCGGAGCCCCUGGAAGUGCUGGGGCAGCAAGGCCUUCUGGAGCCGUGGGUCCACAGGGACCUGCAGGUGCCAGGGGCCUCCCAGGGCUGAGGGGGGACAGAGGUGCUCCUGGAGAAAGAGGAGCGAAGGGAGAUAGUGGACUCCGAGACAUCACUGUUCUCCGGCAGCGGGUGGAGACCUUACAGGGACAGCUACAAUGCCUCCAGAAUGCUUUCUCUCAGUAUAAGAAAGUGGAGCUCUUCCCCAGUGGCCAGGGUGUCGGGGAGAAGAUCUUCAAGACAGGAGGUUUUGAAAAAACUUUUCAGGAUGCACAGCAGGUAUGCACACAGUCCGGGGGACAGAUGGCCUCCCCACGCUCUGCAGCCGAGAACGAGGCCUUGAGACACCUGGUCACAGACCAGAGCAAGGCUGCUUUCCUGAGCAUGACCGACGACAAGAAGGAAGGCAGUUUCACCUACCCCACAGGGGAGCCCCUGGUGUAUUCUAACUGGGCCCCAGGGGAGCCCAACAACGACAGAGGCGCAGAGAACUGUGUGGAGAUCUAUACCAAUGGCAAGUGGAACGACAUGGCCUGUGAAGAACAGCGCCUCGUGAUCUGCGAGUUCUGA